UCUCAGCGCUGCGCCUUUUGCACAAACGCCUCAAGUUCAGCGCUGUGGCGCAUUAAUAACUUUCCUCGCUGCUCGGUUCACUGCGACGAUGUGGGAUUUGAUUCCGUGCGAUUAUUUUCACUACUGAUAAAAAAUGGACUGGAGGAUUGUUUGUCGCGUGCUGUAAAGGAAAGAAGAAUCACAGGUGCUUUUGUAAUUCAGCGCUCACCUUCUUACUCAUUUACCUGUGAUUACUCUGUAGCCAUGGAGGCACGAGCGCAUUCGGAGAAAUCUCAUCUCAUUAACGAGAGAAACAGCAAAACAUACUCUCUGAAACUUAACAGUGAAUUUCCAGGUUCCGAUGAAAGCUACCCGAGUCAGGUGUAUGAAAACGGAGAUGCCACCGGAGCCAUCGAGUUGAAAAGGCCCGUGGGAGCCCACUGUCAUGGAAGCAAAGCACAGUGGGAGGAAAACCGUGAUAAAGUGGUGGCUAAAAAGAAGCUGUACAUUGCCUCUGUAGUUUGCCUGCUCUUCAUGAUCGGGGAAGUGAUCGGAGGUUAUCUGGCCCACAGCCUGGCCAUCAUGACCGACGCUGCUCAUCUUCUCACAGACUUUGGCAGCAUGAUGGUUAGCCUUUUCUCCCUGUGGAUUUCCUCUAGACCUCCCACCAAGACCAUGACCUUUGGCUGGCACCGAUCAGAGAUUUUGGGAGCCCUGAUAUCCAUAAUGUCGAUCUGGAUCGUUACUGGGGUGUUGGUUUACCUGGCUGUUGAGAGAAUUGUAAAAAAUGAUUAUGAAAUCGACGGCAGAGUGAUGCUGCUGACUUCAGGGUGUGCCGUCAUGGUCAACAUCAUAAUGGCGUACAUCCUCCAUCACUCCACCAACUUUCACGGGAAUGACUCUGGCUAUCAUAAGAUCACUGAGAAUGGGAUGAGUCCAGUGGGACAUGGACACUCUCACAGCCUCCUCGGUAGCCAUGGGAACACCAGUGUCAGGGCGGCAUUCAUCCAUGUUCUGGGUGACCUUUUACAGAGUUUUGGGGUGAUGGUUGCAGCCAUCGUUAUCUACUUACGGCCAGAAUAUAAAAUCGCUGAUCCCAUCUGCACCUUCCUGUUCUCUCUGUUUGUCCUGGGAACAACACUCACCAUCCUCCGGGAUGUGUUCCGCAUCCUCAUGGAGGGAGCACCCAGAGGAAUUAAGUUUAACUCUGUGAAGGAGGUUCUGCUCUCGCUGAAAUCUGUAAAGGCUUUGCACAGUCUGCACUUGUGGGCUCUAACUAUAGGACAGCCCCUGGUUUCUGUCCACGUGGCCAUUGAGGAGAACGCAGAUCCUCACAGCGUACUGAAGGAAGCCACAGAACUCCUGCAGACCAAGUUCGGCUUCUACGCCACCACCAUCCAGGUCGAGCCCUACAGUGAGGACAUGGCCUACUGCACCAUGUGCCAGGAUCCCAUAGAUUAAUCUCACCAAGAAAAUCCGGUGAGGAAGCAGUUUCCGUCCUGGGAAGCGGCCUGUCUGAAAUACAUUGUUUUUGAAACCCUA